UUGAUACCCUGACCAACCCCUUCGAAACCUGGGUGUGUGUAUAUAAAAGGGACGGGAGAGGCUGGUCUACAUCAGGUCUUCAAGAUGCUGCUGAAAUCGUGUCUUCUUUUCGUCUGCGUCGCCUUCGCGAGCGGAAAUCCUGCUGCGGGACAGCCCUGGAUAUGGAAGUCUCCGCAGCCGCUCGUGGACCCGAUUGCGCCGCCUCCGGAAACGCCCCGCAUCGUGGGUGGCAUCGAGGCCGUCCCCCACUCGUGGCCCCACCAGGUGGCUCUCUUCAUCGACAACAGCCAUUUCUGCGGCGGUUCCCUCAUCUCCAGUGAGUGGGUCCUCACGGCCGCUCAUUGCGUGGACGGCUCCAGCGUAGUCGAGGUGGUGAUGGGCGCCCACAACAUCAGGCAGUUCGAGCCUAGUCAGAUCAGCAUGACAUCCUACAACUUCUUUACGCAUGAGAAUUGGAAUUCUUGGUUUCUGUUGAAUGACAUCGCCCUCAUCAAGCUUCCCAGCCCUGUGACUUUCAACCGACUCCCUGCCUUUGACGUCCCAGCAGGAUCUUCGGUGACUCCUACAGGAUGGGGCAAACCCUCUGAUGCCGCCAAUGGCAUCUCCGACGUCCUCCGCCAGGUAACGGUCCCCGUCAUUAGCAACACGGAAUGCAGUGUCUACUUCGGUACCAUUGGUAACGGCAACAUAUGUAUUAGUACCACUGGCGGUCGCAGCACUUGCAACGGUGACUCUGGCGGCCCUCUGAACUACGGCGGGAUCACCUACGGCAUCACCUCCUUCGGGUCCAACUUCGGGUGGAAACAGGUGAUUCAUAUUCCUGAUGCAAUAGCUCAUUCCCACAGUGCUGAAAAGAACGGAUAA